UUUUUAUUAAAAAUGAACCAGCCUUUGAUAGAGCAGAGGAGGAUUAGGCUACCGGACUGGGUGGACCCAGAGAGGAGAGAGUGGCUUUAUAAGUAUGAGAAGUUGAGGAAGAGAAGGAAUUGUAUGAUACCACUUAAUAUCAUUCAAAUAUUCUCAGCGCUCUGAGGAUUUGUGACGUACUUUAUGAGGAAAAAUAGGGUUAGCAUCUUUAUAAAUGUAUUCGCAGCUAUCCUUGCUGUAUGUGGCCUAUUCGGUGCGUCCAAGCUAAAGUGGAAACUCUCUCUAACCCAUUCCAUCAUGACAAUUGGGAUAAUAGGAGCUUUUCUUGUCUAUGAGGUUCUCUAUGCUAUGUUUGGAAAGAAGAAGCAGAUUGAUGAGUAUCAAAUUAGAGAGACUUGGCUUUUAUUAGUAUUAUCUCUCCCAUAUCUUAUCGAUUUCAUCAUUGGGAUCUAUGGAGCAAUUUUUACUGUCAACUUAAUAGAUACAGAAAAAAGAGAGGAGAAUGGCCCUGAUAAUCAAGAUUUGGUUAAUGAAGAGCAAAUGAACCAAGAAUUGGUACAAUUAAAUCAGAAUCUUAACGAUGCGGAAGAGUUAUGUUGUGUCUGUCUUGCGAAUCCAAGGAAUAGCGUAUUCAUCCCCUGUGGGCACCAAUGCACAUGCCUUAACUGAGGAAGAGCAUAUCUCCAAAAUAGAGCACAGAAUGAUAAAAUAUGUAUAAUCUGUAGAAGACCUGUCGAAAGGGUGAUUCAAACAUUUCAUUAA